AUGAAGUACUUCCAAGACUCAACGUACUCUUCAGGCCAAGACCACAUGCCACAAAAUUUAGAUAGCCAGAACGUGGUGGCAGUUGCCGUCGAACACUCGGCGCAAUCAUCCAGACCACCCUCCUGCCCGAUACCUUCGCCAAUGAGAGACGAUGCGUUCAUAAAGCAUGUAGAUAACAUCGUCGCAGCCCAAGCCAUGAUCACCAGCGGGGUGGCUACAAACACAUCGACAGAGACACUAGUUGCCAGUACGAACAGUGGCGUUACUACAAAUACAUCCACAGAAACGCUAGGGACCUCGGGACCCAUAUCGCCUCCGGAGAGUUUGGCUUUACGUGGAAAGAAGUCACCAAGAUGGUUGAAGUCAGUCAAGAGAAUCAUCAAGAAGAGUGCCGCAGCUAUAUUUAGCCGCAAGAUUUAA